CCGCCUCGGCGUUUUCAGUUUCGGUUUCGCCUGGUUGGUCGGCGGAGGCCGGGCUUGUGGGGUACCCGGAGUCGGGGUGCCGAUCCCGGCCGCGAGAUUUCUGAUCAGGAUCGUUAAAAUGAGUCUGCGGAAGCAAACGCCCAGUGACUUCCUGAAGCAAAUCAUUGGACGACCAGUUGUGGUAAAAUUGAAUUCUGGCGUGGAUUACCGAGGGGUCCUGGCUUGCCUGGAUGGCUAUAUGAAUAUAGCCUUGGAGCAGACAGAGGAGUAUGUAAAUGGACAGCUGAAGAAUAAGUACGGGGAUGCAUUUAUCCGAGGAAACAAUGUGUUGUACAUAAGUACACAGAAGAGGAGGAUGUGAAGACACCGAGAGUACCAUACUUUUCACACUCAGAUAUGUUUUUUGUUAAGUUUUUUGGUUCUUCUGUCAUAUAAUUUGUCCUAUUUUGUCAUAGUUGGUGAUUUUUCACUGACACGUGAGUGAGAUAAAUGUAUAAAAUUGUGGAUUUAAUUGUAAAGAGUUCUUUCAUAUUUAAGUUGCAGUCAUUUUCUUUUACCUCUAUGUCAGUGAGCAGAAAGCAAAAAGAAUUUUCAAAAAAGAGAAAAUCUUUUUUCUCCCUACAUGAUUUGUAACUGAAGUCUCAAACAACACCAUUUGAUUUGCCUGCUUUGCUUGUGGGACUGACUGAAAUGAUGAGGACAAUUAAAACAUUUGUAGAGACGGC